AUGGCUUCAGCCCCUCUACGUAUCGGCUACGUGCCGGAACACUUCUCCACCCCGCUUCACUUCGCCGUCCAGCAGUUUGGCCUCGCAGCCGAGCUCAUCCCCUUCCCGUCCGGCACCGGCCACAUGGUCACAGCCAUCCGCGCCAGCGAGAUUGACGUUGCCAUUGGUCUGACCGAGGGCUGGAUUGCCGGGCUCGGCAAGGAAGGCAUUGAGGGAGAUGGCGGAUAUCGCAUUGUUGGCACAUAUGUCGAAACCCCGCUCUGCUGGGCCAUCUCAACCGGCGCCAAGCGCCCCGAGAUUGCUUCCGUGGACUCUCUCGACGGCCGCAAGAUCGGCGUCUCCCGCAUCGGCUCCGGCAGCUACGUCAUGGGCUACGUGCUGGCCGACCAGCAAGGCUGGCUGUCCGCCUCCAGGACGCAGCCCUUCUCCGACACGGUCAUCCUGAACAACUUCCAGAACCUGCGCAACGCCGUCAACUCGGGCGAGGCCGACUUCUUCAUGUGGGAGCACUUCACCUCCAAGAAGUUCUACGACUCGGGCGAGAUCCGCCGCGUCGGCGAGAUCUACACCCCGUGGCCCAGCUGGAUGAUCGUCGCCUCCACCAAGUUGACCGAGGGCGGCCUUGACAGCCGGAUCAAGGAGUUGUUCGGGAAGCUGGAUUCCGGCAUCGCGCACUUCAACGCGAACUCCGAGGCGGCCGUUGAGUUCAUCGCCAGCAACCUCGAAUACAGCGAGGCUGAUGCAAAGGAGUGGCUGAAGACAGUUAGAUUCCCCCAAGCUACCGAGGGUGUCAAGAUGGAAAUUGUCCAGAACUGCGUGUCUAUUCUCAGAAAAGCCGGAGUUCUAGUCGAGAACAAGGGAAUGGAGCCAGAGAAGAUGGUCUUCCAGUCAUAA